AUGAAGUUCUCUCUCGCCGUCGUUGCCUCCUUGUUCUUCGCCGCCCAGGCCGUUGCGCUACCUGCUGAGCUCAAGGACGCUGAGGCCGCCAAUGUUGCUCAUGGCUGCCCCAAUGGAAAGAGAGCCACACCUUUGUACCGAGCAUUCAACCCUUCGGUCACCGACCACUUCUACACCACCAAUGCUGUAGAGGUUCGAAAUGCUCGUGGCUAUCAGCAGGAGGGCCAGGCUGGUCGAGUUUUCUCCCGCCAGGAAUCUUCAACCAUUCCAUUCUACCGCCUUUACAACCCGUCGAACGCGGACCACUUCUACACCACCAACCGGGGGGAGGCCGAUAAUGCCGCCAACACCCUUGGCUACAAUCGCGAGGGUGUUGCCGGCUACGUCUUCGGUGCACCGAUCUGUGGCUCCGUUCCACUGUACCGUUUGUACCAAGUUGGCUCUGUCAACCACUUUUAUACCACCAACCAGUGGGAGGCCGACAACGCUGCAAACACCCUUGGUUACACCCGUGAAGGUGUUGCUGGAUAUAUCCUCCAGUGA